CGGAGUAAGUCUUCUUCCGGUUUGUGAUAUCGCAAAAUAGUCCCCCACAUAUUUUAAUUUUCGUUAUAGUCAAAUGUUCUUUUGGAGUCCAAUAUUAGUCAUAAGUAAUUUUACCUUCAACAGUGGUUCUUUUUCCUAAAACACUUUGCGUUCGUUAGACGUUUUUGAUAGUAUUAGAGUCUAUGAAUGUAGUUCACUUUUGUGAUGUGGCUAUGGUAGGGGGUGUUUCGAUGCUGGAAGGUGCGAUAGGGCUGUGAGAAAGUCGCCCAUGCUCAACCAUAUAUUCAGCAGUCUUAGUGGCUAAUUAGUUGUUGGUUGUGUAGUUUGUUUUGGCAUUCCAUCGUAUCGGCUCUGAAUCUCCGUUUUGUAGUGUAUUAUAAUCGAUCAGUGGACAUUGUGUGUAGUUUGAAAGGGCUCUGUCAUGGCCAGUCGCGGUGGGGCCCAGAGGCCAAAUGGAUCAACGCAAGGAAAGGUCUGUCAAUUUAAACUUGUUCUUCUUGGUGAAUCUGCUGUUGGGAAAUCGAGUUUAGUCCUCAGGUUUGUUAAAGGGCAAUUCCACGAAUAUCAGGAAAGCACAAUAGGAGCUGCAUUUCUAACGCAGACUGUUUGUCUGGAAGACACGACAGUGAAAUUUGAGAUAUGGGAUACAGCUGGUCAAGAGAGAUACCACAGUUUAGCACCCAUGUACUACAGAGGUGCACAGGCUGCAAUUGUUGUUUAUGAUAUAACAAACCAGGAUACAUUUGCAAGAGCAAAAACGUGGGUGAAAGAGCUUCAGAGACAAGCAUCACCAAAUAUUGUGAUUGCUUUGGCUGGAAACAAGUCUGACCUUGCUAACAAGAGAGUGGUGGAACAUGAUGAUGCGCAAGGAUAUGCAGAAGAAAAUGGCCUUUUGUUCAUGGAAACAUCUGCUAAGACUGCAAUGAAUGUGAAUGAGAUCUUCCUAGCAAUUGCCAAGAAACUUCCAAAGAAUGAGCAAGUAACAGGUGCAGGCACUAGUGGACAAGGGCGCAGACUUGUGGAGUCAGAAGGGCAGCAGAAAGCACCUGGAAAUUGCUGCAAGUGAUCCAUUCCACCUCUCACUUACAGUUUUUCAUCUUAUUCAAGUCAAGUUUGUUCCAUUAUUAGCUGGGAGGUGGUUAUCCAACUGGCUUCUCUAAUCCAGUCUGGUCAUCUUGCAUUUCUGUGGCUGGAAACAUUCCUGGCAGUCAGAACAGAGAACCAUCACAUGUGGAAAGGACUCCUAUUAUGAAUUGAUUCCCAUAAAAAAUAAAUGAACAUUGGCAGUUAUAGGUAAUGUGGAAGUGUACAUUUGUAAUAAUAUACUCUUAUCAAGCACUGUGAAUAUAAAAUGAACAGUUGCAAUGCUGUGCAAUUUGGAAAAAUGUUAAUACCAGUGUUGUCUGCUUGUAGGGUCUAUGUAGCAGUUGGUAUUUUGUAAAAAAAUUGUUUCAGCUUGUAAGCAAAUGUUAAUACAUAUGUAUCACAUUGGCCAUUAUGUUAUCUGAUUCAUCAGAUUGAUUAUACUUACUUGAAACCUAUUUUAUUAUGCAGAAAAUUGUAGUGCAGUUUUUAUGUGAAAGUGUCUUGGAUAAAUUAUUGCAAUCAUUUUUCUUAUAUAUCAGAAAUGAGUUUCUAACAUAUUUACUAUAUAUAUAUAUAUAUGCAUAUAUUAUAAAGAAUAGAUAUCUACAGAUGAAAUUUAUUUAGAUGUACAAAUACUGUAUUGCCCUGGUGAAUGUAAAUUUUAUUCUGCCCUUUACAUAAUUUAAAAGUAUCAAAAUGGUGGCUACAUAUAGAUUCCAGAGCUCAGUGUUAUACUAAAUGGUUUAAUGUUUAAACAUGCUGCUUCCUGUAAGUGCAGGAAGAAUAUUGUACAGAAUUAUGUGGAUAGCUUAUAUUUAUGAAGAAUGUUCAUAGUUGGUAUUGUAUAAACAAGAUGGCAGUUGAUUCUUUUGUCUGGCCAUAGAAAAAGCAUUUUAAGUUUAUUUAGAAUCUUAUUUGUACAUAAAUUGUGAACUUGGAAAAGUUACUGGGAGGGCAAUAAAGCUCUUUGUCUAA